UCUGUAUUUGGACGAUUCAUGCACUGUGUCGCAGGUGUACUGUGGCUAUGGAUAAUUCGUGAGUGAACAUGAAUGUAGUAUCCUACUUUUCUUGUGAAGUCGAUUUCGUCACUUUUUGAACCAGUACUUUGCGUGCAAUUCCUCGCAUUCACGUCAGAAAUCGAUCCUUUGGUCCCUUGAAAUUGUCUCUCCCUUUGAUAGAAAACUCAGUUGCCGUUAGAUUGCCACACUCAGAGGAAUCCAGCAAUUCUUUUCUUCGAAUUUCUUGCUUGAUUGAUUGAUGGAUUGCAGCGAGUGGGUAGAAUUGCCAGGGCUUUGUGACAAGUCUGUAUGGCUGCCAGUGUUGGCUGUUUGCGGAUUGAUUGAGGAGGUUUACUGCAGUGUAAUAUGAAAUUGAGAUUGCAAACGCAUCACUGAAUUUUGUUUUAUUUUGUGUUUCUGAACCUGGAGAUUGCACAUGAGAUCGGGAAACUGAUGCCACUGAGUCAGUGUUGGUGAGAGUCUUGGGAGGAGUUGGUAGUUUGAAACGUUGCUGUCGGAACACUGAGAUAAUGUUUCUUCACGCACACACACAUUUUCUAUCUAGCACUCGAGGCAAUUAUUUGCUCCCUCGGAUGCAGUGCAGCUCCAGCUCCUCACAACCGGUUACCCGGAAUCUGGUGAACCAUAGCAACGUGUUCCGCUGCUGCGCAGUUACUUCUGAAAAUCAUGGCUUCGAAGACUCAGGCGAUAGUGGCUCCCUGACUGCUAGCUCUACUCCGCGGUUGACGAAUUCUGCAGUUUCUAAUGGAAACCAUGCGGCUCACUUGCACGAAUUUGAGAGUAUUUCUGAUCUUCUAUUGAAAGUUGCAAAGGCUCCUUUGGGCAAGGAACAAUGGAUUCAGACUGUUGAGAGUAGGAUCGAAAAGGCUAUUUUUGAUUUCCGGUUCCUUACCCUGACUGCGAUCGUUGGCUCGUUAGUAGGGUCCUUACUUUGCUUCGUCAAGGGGUGUGGAUUCAUAUGUGAAUCGUUCAUUUCAUACUUUGAGAUGUGUUUGAAUGGAUUGCACACGGGAAAUGUAAUCCUCCGACUUGUCGAAGCAGUUGACGUGUACCUUGUGGGAACUGUGAUGCUCAUAUUUGGAAUGGGCUUAUAUGGACUGUUCAUUAGCAACGAAUCAAAUGACGGAAAAAGUGAUCGUGCAUUGAAGAAUACUACCCUCUUCGGUAUGUUUGCACUCACGCGUCGGCCACUGUGGAUGCGGAUUACAACCCUUGACACAUUAAAAACAAAGCUGGGGCAUGUCAUUGUGAUGAUUCUUCUCGUGAAACUAUUUGAGAAAAGCAAGACGGUGCAAAUCAGAAGCUCGAUGGAUUUACUGUGUUACUCCAUAUCCAUUUUUUUGUCGUCUGCCUCACUAUUUGUGUUGCAGCGACUACAUGCGUCCUAAACCGUAUCAUAAGUUGGGAUUGGGCUCUUAGAAUCUCGAGUGCUAAUGCAUACUCAUUGUAAUUAUCUUGCAUACUACCCUUAUCAACUUACAGUCAGUGAAACUUUCUCAGUAUAUUCGUAUUAUUAGGGAGCAGCUUCAUUUUCUUAAAGUUCUUUUCAAUCAGCACGUGAUUUACGUAUAAAAUCUGGGUCUUCCAGGAUAGCAGACCUACAAAUUAAACUCAGUGGAUAAGAAGGCAAGGCUUCAAUGGGUCAUGUGCAAUAUCUCGUGAAGUCAGUGUGUAACUGCUAUCUUUUUUUAUUUAAACAAGUGUUAAAAUCCAUGGUA